AUGCUGCACCACAGCCGCCGGCGCAUCGACCUGGGCGCGGUGCUCUCGGCCCUGGGCCUGGUGGCCUCGCUGCCGCUGGCCGCCUACGCCGCCUCGAUCGGCACGGGCCAGGGACCCCAGAUCCAGCUGACCGUCGGGCAGGGCCUGCUCGACCGCAGCACCGACGGACGCCUCGUCGUCCUCUUCUCGCCCGCCGGUAGCGACCCGCUCGACGACACCGACGUCACGGGCCCCAACGCCUUUUACGGCAAGAACGCCUUCAACCUCACCAGCGGCGCCACCGUCUCUCUCUCGGGCGGCGCCUCGGCCCCCGAGACGGUCGACGUCGACGUGUUUGGCCACCCGCACGCCAGCCUGGCCGACCUGCCCGCGGGCGACUACCGCGUCCAGGCCUUCUUCACCGGCUACGAGACCAUCACCCGCAGCGACGGCUCCACGGUCCAGCUCAACAUCCCCUGCGGCGACGGCGCGCCCAACGUCGACGGCGUCGGCAGCCUCUCGACGCCCGUCCAGGACGUCAAGAUCACGGGCCGCGCCCAGCGCAUCCAGCUCACCUUCAACGCCACCGCACCCAAGCCCGAAGACCUCAACGGCAGCGAGAUCGGAGGGUGCCAGCAGGGCAACUACAAGGACACUGACUCGAUCAAGUACGUCAAGAUCCGCAGCGAGGCCCUCAGCCGCUUCUGGAACCGCGACGUCUUUGUCGGCGCCACCGUCGUGCUGCCGGCGGGCUACGACGCCAGCGACAAGAAGACGCGCUACCCGGUCAUCUACGCCCAGGACCACUGGAACGGCCACCGCGGCGCCUGGGGCUUCCCGGACAACUCGUUUGCCGACGCCUGGCAAAAGGGCGUCAUCCCGGGCAAGGACGGCGCAGCGGACCGGCCGACGCCCAAGUUUAUCCUCGUCACGUUCCGCCACGAGACGGCGCUGUACGACGACUCGUACGCCGUCAACACGGCCAACCUGGGCCCGUGGGGCGACGCCAUCAACGACGAGCUCGUGCCGCGCCUCGACUCGAUGUUCAACACCGUCGCCCAGCCCUACGCGCGCAUCCAGGACGGCGGCUCGACGGGCGGCUGGGAGUCGCUGGCCAACACCGUCUUCCGGCCGGACCUGUACGGCGCGUGCUUCUCCUACUACCCGGACUCGCUCGACUUCCACCGCCACCAGGCCAUCCCGCUCUACGACGGCGGCAACGCCUACCGCCGCGCCAACGGCAGCGCCAUCCCCUCGAUUCGCGACUUCACCGCCGACGGCAAGGAGCAGAUCCUGGCCACCGUCGAGCAGGAGAACCACUGGGAGCUCACGUUUGGCACCUCGACGCGCUCGCGCCUUCAGUGGGACAUCUGGAACGCCGUGUUUGGCGUGCAGGGCGUCAACGGCUACCCGCUCGAGCCGUGGAACAAGGUGACGGGCGAAAUCUAUCCCGAGGCCGUCGAGUACUGGAAGACGAUGGACAUGGCCGCCUACCUCGCCGCCAACUGGAACGGCACGCGCAACCUGGGCGAGGCGCUGCGCGGCCGCAUCCACGUCUCGGUGGGUACAUGGGACGACUACUUCCUCAAUGAGGGCGUCUUGCAGUUCCAGCAGCGCAUCGAGCAGCUCGGCGGCAAGGACUGGGCCGAGGUCACCAUCAUCCCCAAGGCCAACCACGGCGGCUUCUACAAGCGCCUCGACGUCUGGACCUACCUCGAGCUCGUCCAGGACUGGGUGCGCAAGCACGCGCCCGACGGUCCGACGCCCCUCGGCGCCAACCUCACCUCGCCAAAGACGCGGGGCAACCAGUUUGACGAGGUCAUCGAGCGCGGCGGACACGCCGCCGCCCUCGCCCGCCAGGCCGACCCCAAGAUCCUCGGCCGCGGCAGCGACGGCAGCAGCAGCAGCAAGAAGCGCGGGCCCAUCUCGGCCAGCGUCGGAAGGUGGGACCCGGGCGUCAAGCUCGUGGCGCAGUGGAGCGUCAACGGGCGCACCAUGGGCAAGCCCUUUGGCGUCACCUCGGGCCAGGAGGUCGUGUACAAGCCGCAGAACAGCGCCGGCGGCAAGAACCAGCUCGUCCUCAGCGUCACGGGCACCAAGGCGGGCUACAAGCGCGAGACGAGGUCGUCGCCCGCCUUUGCCAUCUAG